GGGGACGGUUUGCUGCGGGCGGCGGCGCGAGCCAUGGAAUUCAAAUUCGACUUCCCGCUGGGCUGCAGCCCCGAGGCACGAGGGAGCCCCGAGACCGGCGACCGCCCGGAGCCAGCGGUUGCCCAGCGACCGCUCCGGGAGCACGUUGCCGGCGAGCUCGCGGGGCUCGGCGCGCUGCUGGACAGGGGGGCGGUGUCGGUGCUGAAGGCCGGGGGUCUGCGGAUUAGACACAUCGAGCCGUCGGCCUUGUUGCUGGGCGGGAGAGUGGAGGGUGAGGGGUCAGGUCCCAAAGACGAGGCUGAAGGGCUGGGGUCCAAAGGCAAUGUUGAGGGGUUAGGGCCCAAUGGUGAAGUUGUGGGGUCUGGGCCCGAUGGUGAAAGGUCUGGGCCCGCUGGUGAAGGGUCGGGGCCCGCUGGUGAAGGGUCGGGGCCCGAUGGUGAAAGGUCUGGGCCCGAUGGUGAAAGGUCUGGGCCCGAUGGCGAAGGGUCUGGGCCCGCUGGUGAAGGGUCGGGGCCCGCUGGUGAAGGGUCUGGGCCCGCUGGUGAAGGGUCGGAAUCCCGGCCAGAGAAGGAAAGGCUCUCCUGGGAUCUGUUAUCACACUCUGAUCUGCUGCCUGGCGUAUAUGAGGGAGGCCUGAAGAUCUGGGAGUGUACUGUGGACCUGGUUGAGUACAUGGCUGGGAUUGAUCUACAGGGCCUAAAGGUUCUCGACCUGGGCUGUGGUGCUGGUCUGGUCGGCAUCGCUGCCCUCAUCAAGGGCGCAGCCUGCGUCCACUUCCAGGACUACAACAGUGAGGUGCUGGAGCAGCUCACCAUCCCCAAUGUGGCCCUGAGCAAGGCUGAGCCAGGACAUUCGCUUCCUGGGACCAAUCAAGAUUCUGAUCUGGAAGAAAAUGAUGAGCCACCUGGGAAACGCAGCAGAGCUGAAGGCUCCCCCCUCUCCCGCUGCUGCUUCUUCUCAGGCCCUUGGUCCCUCUUUGGUCAAGUUCAUACAGACCGUGGUGCCUCCUUGAAGUACGAUGUCAUCUUGAGUUCCGAGACGCUCUACUGCCAAAAGAGCUAUGCAGCGCUGCACCACGCUCUGUCCAGUCUGCUGUCAGACCAAGGAACCAUCUACCUGGCCACCAAGGCUCAUUACUUUGGGGUUGGUGGGGGCAUCCACCUCUUCCAGAAGUUUGUAGAAGAGAAGCAGAUCUUUGACAUAAGGACUGUGAAAGUAAUUGAUGAUGGACUUCAGAGAUGUAUCGCAUUAAUGUCCUUCAGGAGGGGAAAGUCAUCUUGACCUUCACUGCAUUAUGAUAAUGGUUAGUUUGUGGAGCAUUGUCUUACUCUUGAAAUAGAAAAGGGACAUUUUGUGCCAAGUGAAACUGUUGUCUUAACAUUCUGUAUGUCAACAAUAUGUCUUUAAAUAAACCAACGUUUUAUAAUUUCCUUCAAAUGCAAUGCCUUCUCGGAGUAAAUGUAAUUACAAUACACCAUUAGCUGAUCAUGAGUCAAAUUGGAUGACUGUGAAUGGUUAUUUGCUCAUAUUUAAUGCAAGUAUCUAAACAAAAAGAAUAGCGUACUGACAACUAGUUAGAUUUGAACUCUGGACAUACCACUGCAAAGAUGACGGAAUCAUGCACUCUGAAACGUGUUUCUGUGGGGUCUACCUCAGAAAAAAAUUAGCUUAAUUUUUUUUGGAUUAAAAAAUAUCAAAACUUCAGGAGUUUGAAGUGUUUGAGUAACUAAAAUGUUUUUGGGUGAGUUUUCUCCUGGAUAAGAUCAUGUGCCUCAGGAUUUCGGAAAUGUUAGACCUUGAUGUCAGCUCGAACUGAACAAGUGGAAAAUAAACGUCAGGGUUGGACCUCA